AUGUCUGUUACCACACAAGCAACCAUAGCUUCCUUCGGAGGCAAGCUGUUGAAGCUCGCUCAUCAGUCCCCCACACUUGGCUGCGAGAUGAAGUUCAACCUCUACCUCCCUCCACAGGCGACCCAGAACUCACUGCACAAGGUUCCUCUGCUCAUUUGGCUGUCCGGGCUGACAUGUACCGGUGAUAAUUGCUCGGAGAAAGGCUUCUUCCAACACGGAGCGAGCAAGAAGGGAAUCGCAGUUCUCUACCCCGACACCAGCCCAAGAGGAAUUGGCAUCAAGGGUGAAGAUGAUUCCUACGAUUUCGGUUCAGGAGCUGGCUUUUAUGUCGAUGCCACCGCCGAGCCAUGGUCCAAUAACUACAAGAUGUACACCUACAUCACCAAGGAACUUCCCGAAACCGUCUUUUCUGCCUUUGCCGACCAGAUCGAUUCGAGCCGAGUAAGCAUCAGUGGACACAGCAUGGGUGGACAUGGUGCUUUGUCGUUAUACUUGAAGAAUCCCGGUAAAUAUAAGAGCGUCAGCGCAUUUGCCCCAAUCGCAAAUCCCCUCAAAUGCCCUUGGGGAGAGAAGGCUUUCAAGGGUUACUUCGGUGAAAGUGACUGGCAGAAGAAGGGUGCAGAGCAUGAUUCUACAGAACUCUUGAAGCGUUGGAAAGGGGGUGACUUGGACAUCCUUGUGGAUGUGGGCACCGGUGACAACUUUCACAAGCAAGGCCAACUGCUACCUGAGAACUUUAUCGCCGCCGCAAAGGAAAUAGGACAGGAGAAGGGACUUAACGUUCGAUUCCAACCAGACUACGACCACAGUUACUACACCAUGGCAACUUUCUCUGACGAUCACAUUGAUCAUGCCGCAAAGUACUUGUUCGCAUAG